AAUAACCGGAACCUAGAAACCAACGAGGUGGUUCAGAUUGCAUCAGCUGUUAAAAUCAACACCCCAGACAGAGAAACAUCAUGUACAUUUCAUACUUGCUUGGAAGUUUAUCAUUGUGGCUAUAACGAUGACAAUAAACUUACGGUGUACAUAUACCCUAUUAAGAGAUACGAAGAUGAAAAUGGAAACGAGCUGACGGUUCCAAGGUCUAAAGAAUUCGAGGAAAUAUUACAGGCUGUUGCAGACAGCCCCUACUAUACUGAUGAUCCUGAAACAGCUUGUCUAUUCAUUCCUUCCAUUGAUCUCCUCAAUCAGAACAAUCUACGAUUAGGGGAUGUAAACCGAGUUCUAGCAUCAUUGCCGCACUGGCAAGAUGGCUCCAACCAUCUCCUGUUCAACAUGCUGGCAGGCAGUUCCCCGGACUUCCGCACAGUGCUUGAACUAGCUACUGGGCGGGGCAUCUUGGCAGGAAGUGGCUUCUCAACCUGGUCCUACAGGAGGACCUUCGACAUCUCGGUACCUGUGUACAACCCCCUCAUCUCACACAUAGACCUCCCACAGAAAUCUUACCUAGAGGAAAGACAGUGGCUGAUUGUAUCAUCUCAGAGUGGCCUCCAUAGUGAAUUUCGGGACAUCCUGGACAAGCUGGUGUUGGAGGACAACCGGGUGUUGGUCCUAGACCGCUGUCGGGACGACAAUAAUACCUGGAACGUCACGAAGCGCUGCACCAGCAACUCCAACUACGACUAUCCUCAAGUGUUACAGGAUGCCACAUUCUGUGUGGUGUUACGAGGAGCUCGGCUGGGGCAGCCUGUUCUCGGUGAUGCAUUGCGGUCCGGCUGCAUCCCCAUCAUCAUCGCCGACGGCUACAUCCUUCCCUUCUCCGAGGUGCUCGACUGGACCAGAAUCGGCAUCACAGUGCGAGAGGAUGACAUCGGGGGUCUCCUGAACAUUGUCAAAGCAUACAGUGUUGAUCGGGUGUAUGAGAUGAGACGGCAGGUGAAGUUCGUCUGGGACAACUACUUCAGCUCCAUGAAGGCCAUCACCAUGACAACACUGGAGAUCAUCAACGACCGCAUCUUCCCGUAUGCCAGUCGCAGCUACGAGUCCUGGAACGACAUACCCAACAAGGAGGCGAUCAACAACCCAUUGUUUCUCCCCCUCACCCCCUCAAAGGCCCAAGGCUUCACAGCUGUCAUCCUCACCUACGACCGAAUCGAGUCACUCUUCGAGGUCAUCAAGCAGGUUGCCAAGGUACCUAGUCUGGCCAAGGUCGUCGUUGUCUGGAACAACCAGAAUAAAGCCCCUCCUGCAAUGUCAUCAUGGCCGUACAUUGGCAAACCUGUGAAAGUUGUCCAGACCAAGAAGAAUAAACUGAGCAACAGGUUCUUCCCCUAUGAUGAGAUAGAGACGGAGUGUAUCCUGGCCUUGGAUGAUGACAUUAUCAUGCUGACAGCCGAUGAACUGGAGUUCGGUUAUGAGGUAUGGAGGGAGUUCCCCGAUCGUCUUGUGGGCUUCCCAUCUCGUCUUCACUUGUGGGACAACAGCACGCACAAGUGGAAGUACGAGUCUGAGUGGACCAAUGCCAUCUCCAUGGUGCUCACCGGCGCUGCCUUCUAUCACAAGUAUUUCAGCUACCUGUAUACCUACUCCAUGCCGGGCAACAUGAAGGUGUGGGUGGAUGAACACAUGAACUGCGAGGACAUCGCCAUCAACUUCCUCAUCGCCAACAUCACCGGCAAGGCUCCCAUGAAGGUGACGCCCAGGAAGAAGUUCAAGUGUCCACAGUGCGUCAACAACGAGAUGUUGUCGGCCGACCUGACUCACAUGGUGGAGAGGUCGGAGUGCAUCAACCAGUUCACCAGCAUCUACCAAUCAAUGCCGCUGAAGAGCGUGGAGUUCCGGGCUGACCCUGUGUUGUACAGAGACAACUUCCCCAGCGUGAUGAAGAGGUUUAAUAACAUAGGGAGCUUAUGAUUGGGGAGGAUAUACAGCGUAUC